AAAUGGCCGCUUUUCACCAAACACCGUCAACAAUUGUUAAAAAUGACACGCCCAUAGUGCUUUAAACGAUUUCCAACUUUAUUAUAUGCUACUGUUUGUAGUACCCUGAUUGCUGCCAGGGUACUGUAUCCAUACCAUACACAUUCUGUUUUAUAGCACAGACAUAGCCGCCUUUUCCAGCAAGCCCAUCUCCAGGAGGCAGUCUCGCUCCACUGGGCACAUCAUGGGCGUUUCCUUUAGUGCAUUUUUGGCGUGUCUGCGAGUGACAAUACGGUGAGGCCACAUGGUCCAGGCUUUAUCUGCUACACGCCCCGACAAAGCAGCCGAUACGCUGCCCGCUCAGACACAUUCACGCUCGUAGACGGAGACGCACGAGACCCACACAGAGACAGACAGAGAGAGACGCGCGCGCACGCACGCACUUCCUUUCCCAGGCUGUCAUCCCCAGAAGCGCGUCCCUGCCCUGCGAUGCCAUCAUGGGAGAACACACAUAACACACACGAGGACAAAACGGGGCUCUGCUAGUGAAGGGCGUCGGGGUUUCCUCGCCGUCGCGUCGCACUGAGACACGUGAACUGGACCGGACUGAAGCGGAGCGCUGGUGGGACAGCAGCAGGGUCCUCCGUUCCGGGUCUGGACACCAUCGAACGUCCACGGACCACGCUGCUCGCGCUCCUCUUUUCGGGCUGGUAAAGGACAUCGGCGCUGACCUCAACGGGGAACUAUGGAAUGCACUCUCCAGCUGGUUCUCACCAAUACCCAACAGACUGAAGUGAAAACACUCAGUUAGCAGUUUCCUUCUCCCCUAGAACUUCGCAGAGCACUGCUGCCAGGCCGGGGGGAAGAAACGAAGAAGCUCUCAGAAGACUUACGGUUUUCUGAGCAAAUCUGAAACCUUGUUUUAUUUUGCUUUUUUUUUUCCACUGUUUAUAUUUUGACUCCGAAGAAGAAUCGCCAACAUGGAUCUGGAGCCGUACCUGUGGAUGGUGGUGUUGGGUUUCUUCAUCGCCUUCGUCCUGGCUUUUUCGGUGGGCGCCAACGACGUGGCCAACUCCUUCGGCACAGCCGUGGGCUCGGGCGUCGUCACCCUCCGGCAGGCCUGCAUCCUGGCUUCUAUCUUUGAGACGCUGGGGUCAAUGCUGCUGGGGGCCAAGGUGGGGGAGACCAUACGGAAAGGCAUAAUUGACGUAAACCUGUAUAACGAUACAGUGCCUGUGCUCAUGGCUGGGGAGGUCAGCGCCAUGGUAGGCUCUGCAGUCUGGCAGCUCAUCGCCUCCUUCCUGAAGCUGCCCAUCUCUGGGACCCAUUGCAUCGUGGGCUCCACUAUCGGCUUCUCCAUGGUGGCCAUUGGGACGAAGGGUGUGCAGUGGAUGCAGCUUGUUAAGAUUGUUGCUUCAUGGUUCAUCUCUCCUCUUCUGUCUGGACUCAUGUCAGGAUUCCUCUUUCUGCUCAUUAGAUACUUCAUUCUAAACAAGGAUGACCCUGUUCCCAAUGGACUCCGUGCUUUGCCUCUGUUCUAUGCCUCUACCAUCGGCAUCAACACCUUCUCCAUCAUGUACACGGGAGCCCCCUUGCUGGGGUUGGAGUUGCUCCCGGUCUGGGCGAUAGCUCUGAUCACACUGGCCGGAUCGCUGGUCUGUGCCGCCUUGGUGUGGUUUUUCGUCUGCCCAUGGAUGAGAAGGAAGAUAGCAAGUCGUUUGAAGAAAGAACAUGCCUUAUCCAGGAUAUCAGAUGAAAGUUUGGAUAAGAUCCCUGAGGAGGAGGAAACGCCAGUCUUCAAGGAGCUGCCAGGGGCAAAAGGCACAGAUGAUUCUGUGGUUCCUCUGACAGAGUCCACUGGAGAACUGAACAGUUUAGCCAAUGGCGGCACUGUCCUACCAAAUGGCAGGGUUUACGGCAGGACACACUCUAUGACCAAUGGCUGCUUGAAGUCGCCCAUUUCUAAUGGCACCUUCGGGUUUGACGGUCACAUGCGCAGUGAUGGCCAAGUGUACCACACAGUGCACAAAGACUCGGGUCUGUACAAGGACCUCCUUCACAAGAUUCACCUUGGUCGUUUGGAUGAUGAGCGCUCUGGUGCCCCAGCAGAGAACAACUACCGAUUGCUACGUCGCAAUAACAGCUAUACUUGCUACACUGCAGCCAUCUGUGGCAUGCCCGUGCAACCGCUGCUGCGCUCUGAGUCCAGCUCCGCCCCAGAGGACAGUGAGAAGCUGGUGGGUGACAGUGUAUCCUACUCCAAGAAGCGGGUACGCUACGACAGUUAUUCCAGCUACUGUAAUGCUGUGGCGGAAGCUGAGAUCGAGGCAGAGGAGGGAGGUGUGGAGGUGAAGCUGGCCGGUGACCCCAUGGAUGCCCCUCCUCCUAUGAGCUUGGAUGACGCAGCCGAGGAUGACAAAGAAGAGAAGGACAAGCCGCAGGUCUUCCUCCUUUUCCACUUCCUGCAGAUCCUCACAGCCUGCUUUGGCUCCUUUGCCCAUGGAGGGAAUGAUGUCAGUAAUGCUAUUGGCCCACUGGUGGCGCUUUGGAUGAUCUAUGAUCAGGGUGCAGUGAUGCAGGAUGCGGCCACGCCCAUCUGGUUGCUCUUCUAUGGAGGAGUGGGCAUCUGUGCGGGACUCUGGGUUUGGGGUCGCAGGGUUAUCCAGACCAUGGGCAAGGACCUGACCCCCAUUACUCCCUCCAGUGGAUUCACUAUUGAGCUGGCAUCAGCGCUCACUGUUGUGUUCGCCUCCAAUAUUGGACUCCCUAUCAGUACCACACACUGCAAGGUGGGCUCUGUGGUAGCCGUGGGCUGGAUACGCUCAAAGAAGGCUGUGGACUGGCGCCUCUUCCGAAACAUCUUCCUAGCCUGGUUUGUGACAGUGCCAGUAGCUGGCCUCUUCAGCGCAGCCAUCAUGGCUCUCUUUGUCUAUGGCAUCCUGCCCUUUGUCUGAGAGGCAGACGGAAGCUGGCUGGACCAAGAAGAGAGAGAGCGGCAUGGAGGGGAGGAAUAGAUCGAGUGAAGGAGAAUGGGAUCACAAGCUGCCUGGAGCGAAUUCUAAAUAUAUUCUCAUUUGGGUUCUCUUUUCACUUUUUGUUUUUAAGAAUUUAGUUUUUUUGCAUAAAAAACAAACACCUCACCAAAAUAGUUUUUCCUUCAAAAUGAACCUGCUGUACAUACAACACUAGGAGUGUCAGUUCUGUGAUCUAGAUGAAAGAAAUUGUGCAUUUAUAAAAUAAUAAUGCUAACACAGACACGUGUUUCAUUUACACUUGUUUAAAUAGAAAACUAUAAAUACUAUAUGCCUACAGAUAUCUUACAUAAAUUUAUUGCUAUCUAAGUAAUGGUGGUGCAUACAGAGUAGUGUAGUGAUCCUGAAAGUGUAAAUAUUGUAUCAUUUGAGUGGGAUGUUGUCGUACUGAAGCUUGCUUUUGAGAUUUCCAGUGUGCUCAGCACCCCCCUCCCCCCAUGCCACCCAACAUACCAGCUAGCAGAGUACGUCUACCACCCCAACCUCAGAGUGGGUAAGGAAAGAGCUUUUUCUGUAAGGAUGCUGUACUGUAAUUUUACGUUUAAUAAUGUUAUCAAAAAGAUUUUUGGAAAAAAGUUGUAAUUAAAAAAGGUUCCUCAUAGGUUCUAAGAUGGAUCUCAUAUUUUAAUAAUGUAUUAUACUGUAUUUUAUACUGUAAAUACUUUCCUCAGUGUUGCUUUUUGGUUGUGUCAUGGAGUCUCCACACAACACAUCACAUGAUGGUUAUUUGUGCCAAAUGAAAUCUUAACCAUGUGACAGGAAUCAGAUUUCUGGGUAUCUGAAAGCAUAUAAACAGCCCUUUAGGAGUGUCAGAAGUGGUGCUAGACAGUUUUUCAGCACUGUAGUAGUUUGCCCCAAUCCUGUUUAGUACACUGGUACCAAAAGACAGUAUGUCCCUUUACAAACAAACAUUUUCUUUUUAAAAUUACACUUAUGUUUUUCCCAGACUUUUCAAGUCAAUCAUAGGUAACUGUGCAUUGCUAAAUUGUAGGUUCCAAAACGGAACUUGGGCUGAUUUAAGUUCUGUUGUCUGUCCGUAUGAGUGGAUGUAACAAUAUUACAGAGCAUAGUGAUAUGGACAAUGACACUGAAAGCACAGCCUAGCAUUUCAUAUUUUCCAUUAACUGCAGUUAAUGAAUCUUAAAUUCCUGUUUUGUGUUGAUUUGUUGUGAUGGUACCUCUACUGAUUCUUCUUAGAAAUUACCAAAGAUUCAGAGGUGUAACUUUUUGGAGAGUUAGUAUUGUGAUCUUUGGUGAAUACAUUAUAAAUUCUAUAUAUGCUGAGAAAAAGUUAUUAAAAUAGUUUAUUUUCUGGAACCCUAGUUAUUCCUCUCCGGGCACAAAGAAAUGUGACUGCAUAUGUUAAACUGUAAAGGAGGGUGAACUGAUUGGAUUUGAGUGCUGACAGUUGUAUCUAAUGCUUAGUAAAAGAUUAUCUGACUUGUGCCCUAGGAGGGAGAAAACUUCCUCAUUUGUACAAUUCUAACUUUAAAACAGGGAACAUAUUCCUAUUUUAGCACCAGCAAACUGAGUAGAGCACAACUGGCUCAGCUGAUGUCAUUAUAGCUUCAAAAAACAUAUGAGUUUCAUUUUUUUUUAAUUCUAUAUAAAGGCUUCGUUUUUUCUUCCCACUUGGGGGCAGCUGAUGACAGUGGAUAGAGCCACUGCCUUUGGAUCUGAAGGUUACAGGUUGAAAUCCCAUCUACUGCUGUAGUACCCUUGAGCAAUGUACCUACCCUGAACAGCUCCACAAAAACUACCCAGCUACAGUAUAUAAAUGGACAAACAAUUGUAGGUAGCUUAACAAUGAAAUCUGUUCUAGACAAAAGCAUCAGCUAAAUGUAAAAAACUUUUCCCCCUCUUGUUAUAAAAAAUAUGGAGAGACAUAUUUAAAGUAUAUGAAAUAUUCAAAAUUUGGUCCCUUACAGGGCUACAAUCAAGUUUGUCAUCAAGCUUAAGCUCUCACCCAUACCUGGAGAUCAUCACAAUGUCUAGUGUUCUUGUGGUCUUCAUGCAGAAGUAAACUGUGCAGUAAGCUGUACCAGCACCCAAUCUGAUUGGCCUGUAUAUCUAGCAGUGACCCCUCUUGGGAAUGCAGUCAUAACCAUCAAACCCCAGGCCAUCCCCAAUCGGUUGUCAAGAAGCAAGCCCUGUUGUAAUUUAUCAUCUUGUUAAGUACAGUGAUUCCGGCAUGCAUGUUUAGUCCAGCUUUGUUGUGUCCCUAUUUGUGAUAUUUACCUGUGGCUUUAAAAGUGACCAGUGUUCAUCCAGAUCCCAUUUUAAGUGUUAUGUCAAAGACAGACUAUCCAGGUUGUAAAUGAUAACUACAGACAUCAGUAUAACUUUAUGCAGUGAUAGGCACCUGUAGGGGGUUCUAUAUGUAAAUGGCCAGAGCCUGAAAAAUCUAUUAGUACAAGCACACAAAAUGCCUGGAUGAUCACUGAUGUCUCCCUAUAUCAACACUACAAGGUUCUGUGGUUUAUUGUGCACUUGAAUAAAUCUGCAGUUAAGUGAC